AUUGUUCGGUGGUGGCUCAUCCGACGUGGACCGAUUGGACGCACCCCGGCAUCCUCGUCGCUCUGACUAGCAACAGGUAGGACGGUUCACCGCGCGGUGACCGCGACAUCGCUCCGAAGACUAUCGCCGCGAACGAAUCAGUGACCGAAGAACGCCUUCACCGGAUAAUCUGAUCGAAUAAACGAUCUUCACGAGAAAGCUACAGUGUUUGUGAAGGUAGUGAACCGGGUGUUGAAGUCGGUUCGCGGGAAAUAGCAGUCCGCGGCGAGGGUAAAGUGAAGACGCGGUACCUUCUUUUGCUAGAUCAGUGAUAGCGAGUCACGGUCACGAUGGACAUCCAAGAGUUCCGUGUGCGCGGCAAGGAGAUGGUGGAGUACAUUUGCGAAUUCAUGAGCAACAUCCACAACCGAAGAGUAACACCGGAUGUUGGCCCGGGGUAUUUAAGGCCACUUCUGCCCAUGGAAGCGCCGCAACAACCGGAGCCUUGGGAGGAUAUUAUGAAGGAUAUCGAGUCGAAGAUCAUGCCUGGGAUCACCCACUGGCAGCAUCCGAGGUUUCACGCCUAUUUCCCGGCCGGGAACUCCUUUCCGUCUAUUCUCGGCGAUAUGUUGUCCGACGCGCUUGGUUGCAUCGGAUUCUCAUGGGCGGCCAGUCCAGCCUGCACAGAGCUAGAGACGAUAGUCUGCGAUUGGUUCGGCAAGGCGAUCGGCCUACCGACGGACUUCUUGUACUUUAGCCCAGGUAGCAAGGGAGGAGGCGUGAUACAGGGAUCAGCAUCCGAGUGCAUCUUGGUGUGCAUGCUGGCGGCAAGGGCGCAGGCGAUCGCAAGGCUCAAGGAGUCGCCGGCUCACUCGCACCUGGACGAGACCGCUCUUCUGGGGAAGCUGAUGGCAUAUUGUAGCCGCGAGAGUCAUAGUUGUGUCGAGAAAGACGCGAUGAUUUGCUUCGUGAAGCUUAGAAUCCUGGAACCUGACGAGAAGAGUGUGCUUCGAGGCGAAACUCUGCGUCAGGCAAUCGAGGCGGACGCCGCCGAGGGGUACAUCCCCUUCUUCGUCUCCACCACCCUUGGUACCACCGCUUGCUGCUCCUUCGACAAUCUCAAGGAGAUCGGUCCAAUUUGUAAAAAAUAUCCCGGCGUGUGGCUGCAUGUGGACGCGGCGUACGCGGGGAACGCUUUCAUCUGUCCAGAGCUGAAAUACUUGAUGGCUGGGGUCGAGUACGCGGACUCGUUGAACACGAACACCAACAAGUUUCUGUUGACGAAUUUUGAUUGCUCUUGCCUAUGGGUGCGGGACAGGUUCAAGCUGACCAGCGCGCUCGUCGUCGAUCCGCUUUAUCUUCAGCACACCCACGCGGAUACAGCGAUUGAUUAUAGACACUGGAGCAUACCUCUGAGCCGACGAUUCCGUUCGCUGAAGCUCUGGUUUGUCUUAAGGAAUUACGGAAUAUCCGGUCUGCAAGCCUACAUCCGAAACCAUGUUCAAUUAGCAAAAAGAUUCGAGGCGCUGGUCCGAAAGGACGCCAGGUUUGAGGUUUGCAACGAAGUAGUGCUGGGAUUGGUCUGCUUCCGCGCGAAAGGCUCCGACAAGCUGAACCAGAAGCUCUUAAGUGCCAUAAACGACUCGGGGAAGCUGCACAUGGUGCCGGCGAGAGUGAACCAACGCUUUACAAUUCGUUUUGCGCUCGCUGCGCCGAAUGCCACCGCUUCUGACGUCGACAUCGCCUGGAGCAUCAUCACUGAUUACCUGGCUGAGCUGUUGGAAUCGAAAGAUGUCAUGGAUGAACUGGCUGACAUCCGGGAGAAGAAGAGGAAAGCCACUCUGGAACAGAGAAGGUCCUUCUUCGUCCGAAUGGUGUCCGAUCCCGCGAUUCAGCCGGGAUUCACGAAGACUCCGAACAGGACUGGAGCGAAACUGGACACUCAGGCAACGAUCGGUGGUAUCGGCUCGAAUCCUCAUCCGACAACACGUUCGUGGAUAUCGUGGCCUCUAGCGUAUCUCAUGCAGGCGAGGGACGCUGCCGAUACCAGCGAACUAUCGCUCAGAUUCCGUCACCUAGACACAAUGGUCCGCUUGAAGGCAGGCAGCACCGGAAGCCGUCGCGGCAGCAGCAACGGCUGCAGCCCAGAACCCUCGCCGUCCGGUUCACCUUCGCGCGGAAGAUCGCCGAACGGAAGGGCGUAAAUCGUUUCCCGAUCCGCUUAUCCGUUUACUAACGUUCUCUCCUGGUGCAUCGACCAGACACGAAGCUCGAGAUCCCGGCUGAACGGUGAACACCGCCGACGGAACCGUCGAGAAUGCUCGAAAAGUCGAUCGAAACCGUUCUUCAACAAUGCCUCUACCCCGCGCACAUCUCCCAAAAUGGAGUCGAGCGUCCGUCAAGCGAAGCGUUCGACGGGAGGCUAACCGCAGGCUCUCCUGAAUGCGCUCGAUAAACGCGAGCGCGUCUUCUUUACUUGCUUAUUGAUCUGUUUUGUAUAAAUGCGCUCCGUUUGGAUCGCGACGGAGUCCCCGCGUGCGCUACGAUGAUACGGCGCGUGGCCGGGAGCCGCGCAAACAAUCGUGAAUUUCAGGACCACGUUCCGAUCGAUCGAUGGGUUCCUCUUUGACGAUGGAUCGGGUCGAAGAAAACAAAAGGAAAGCGAGGGGACGAGGAAAAACACGCGUCGCGUAGGGGAUAUCAAGAGAAAAAAUGAUCAGGAAGCAUGUUGUUUCCGUCGCUAGCGAUCGAAAACUAUAUUAGCGUCGUCUGCGGUGCAUCUAGACGCUGUCCAGUCGUGAUCUUUGCUUUCCCGAGGCUCGCGAAGAUUGUUUUCCUCGCAAAGUUCUCGAUUUAUUUCGGUCGGUGUGCGCGAAAAACAUUUUCCGUCCGGGGGAAUUGUCACGACCGAUCAUAUACGUGAUCCCGCGGAUGCGCGUCAGCCGAUAUUAUGUCAAGCGAAACCACGUCAAGGAAGAACGCGGGGAAUGUUGAUUAAUCGAGCUCGAUGAAUACCUGAGCCGCGAAACGAUCUCCGGGAACUGACGGUGGAAAAUCGAUCUUCGGUGGGAAGUAUUUAAGGAGGACGUCGAUGCGAGGAGACACGAUUGGGGAGAUCUAAUUCAACGUUACAACCCUCUACCGCACCAUCCUCUUCAACUCCCUUCUCCAUCCCCCGAAUCAAGUGCUCAAGAUAAUUAGAAGACACUCCGCCCUAAUGAUUCUGUCGCUAUCGGCAGGGUUCUCGAUAAUCUGAAACCUCCAACAUGCUAUGUGAAUCAGAAAAUUCAAUAAAAAUA